GCGGAAAUGUAGCUUCUUACUGUGGGGUUCAACAGACGAGGAAGUGUGGCAAGCAGAGAGACAGAUGGAAUUGACGUAACCCUUUCAAGCUUCGUUUAAGCGUUGUUAAAAAGUUGCUUUCAGUUUAGUUGUCGAUUCUGUGCCUCUCCCGUUCUCACCUACCAAAGAUGACGCUGCAAUGGACUGCUGUUGCCUUCUUUCUCUAUAUGGAGAUUGGAAUCCUUGUCAUCCUCUGCCUGCCCUUCAUAUCGGCUAAGAGGUGGCAGAGUGUUUUCAAUUUAAGGAUCUGGAGCCCACUUGCCCACUUUUGGAACAAAGUUUUUCUUACAAUGAUUGUCAUUCUUAUUGUCCUUUUCCUCGAUGCAGUCCGUGAGGUGAGGAAGUACUCUGUUAAAGAUCUGGGCACAGAUGCCAAGCUGCUACCAAACAUGCAUGACCACAUGCACAUGAAGCUUUUCCGAGCCCAGAGGAACCUGUACAUUUCUGGUUUCGCUGUCUUCCUUUGGCUGGUUAUGAAGCGAGUGGUCACCUUGAUUAACCAACUUGCUUCAGUGUCUAUGACCACUGCGGCUCUGCAGGCACAGGCUGAAAAUGCAAACAAAGCCGCCCAAAAGUACAUGGAGGACAACGAGCUGCUCAAGAAGACUCUGAUGGAGGGGACAGGCGACGAAGCAACUGCACAGGGUAUGGAGCUGUUGAGGAAAGAGGUUGAGAAAUUGCAAGAAGAACUGAAGGCAUCAGCAGAAGCACUGAAGAAGUCUGAAUGCGAUGCAGAUGGAUUGAAGAAACAGACAGACGGUCUUGCAAGAGAGUACGACAGACUGCUGAAAGAGCAUCAGGAGCUUCAGAAUCUUCAGAGUCCUGUAAACAAGAAGGAAGACUAAUAUUUGGAACAAGUGCUACACAACUCCUUGUGACAUUGCACAAAAGGGGAGUUUCACGCACGUGUUCCUGUUUCUGCCUGACACUGUGGGACUAAGAGAACUGCUACUUGAGUCAAUGCUCUUAUUUUUUGUUUGGUUACAUCUAUGGAGAAUCGGGCAUGGGUUUCACAAGAGAAAAUUACCAGUUAAUCUUCCUUAUAGUUGAGCUGUUCUGUGGAAUGGAAUUUUUAUUAGUGUGUUUUUUAAAUUCCUGAUGGGUCGUGUUUUUCUUUCCCGACCUCAACCACUCGUGAAAGGUUGUCAAAAGUUUACAAUUUUUUUGGGGUAGUCGCACGCACAUGCUGUCAAAUUAUUACAUUAUUGUUGUUUUUUUUUUUUGUGUGUGUGUGUGUGCUUUCAUUUUAGUAGUGGAGUGUUGAAGGUGGCGAUUUCCAACUGUCUAACAAGUUUGUAAUGUCUUAAUUUGAAUGUGACAAUGGCAAAAAUGGAAGAGGUAAUGUUUAUGUAUAAUACACCUUUGUUUUUUAGGGGUGGGGGGUGCAAUGGUGACUUAGGAGUGAGUUUUACUGUGUUGGACAUGAUCAGUUUGACUUAAAAGUUUGCUAUCUGAAUGCACUGUUUCACUUAAUCAAGAGGAAAUUAGCUUUACAAGUACCUUGGACAUUGUAACGUGUAAAAUAGCGUGCCUGUUAGGGAGUUGCUAAAUGGUUUUAAUGUUUUUUUUUAAUUCAUUUCAAUUUAAAUAAAACAACUCAAUUACUCCUUUGGAUUUGACAGUACAUGUUUUAUUACCUGUGACAUUUGUACAAAAAUAAUACUUAAAAACUAGAUACAUUCUGAUUUUUGUAAUGCAAGUUACAAUGUGAUAACUUCCUUCUGGGGAACCCCGGCGCCGCUUUUGGUCUGAAGGUACUCAAUACAGCUAAAUUAAAAUAAUCACAAUGAAGUUGAACCUCCCAAUUAGGUUAUCCAUGAUUUAUCCUCGAUAGGGAUAAAGUCUAAAAACAAAACAAAAAAAAUAAGAUAUCUAUUUAUGAGGACAUUAUAUGUACAUAAUCUGAAUCCACAAAUGCUCAGCAUGAAAGGAGGAUGUUUUCUUUCCCCAAAAAUGUAAAAUAAUGAACACCUGAGAAUAAAAAUGACAGCGUUUUGACCUCACCUUCUUAACACACACUCAAACCCUUGCAAAAAUGUCACAAAAAGUCACCAGUGUAAAGUUUAAUAAUAUCGAGGUAGAGCUAAAUGCUUAACAGUGUUAAACUAAACAUACAGUGGUGCAAAUAAGUACUUAGUCAACCACUAAUUGUGCAAGUUCUCCCACUUGAAAAUAUUAGCGAGGCCUGUAAUUGUCAACCUGGAUAAACCUCAACCAUGAGAGACAGAGUUUGAAAAAAAAAAAAAAUCACAUUGUUUGAUUUUUAAAGAUAUUUGCAAAUCAUGGUGAAAAAUAAGUAUUUGGUCAAUACCAAAAGUUCAUUCAAUACUUUGUUAUGUACCCUUUGUUGGCAAUAGAGGCCAAACAUCUUCUUUAACUCUUCACAAGCUUUUCACACACUGUUGCUGGUGUUUUGGCCCAUUCCUCCAUGGAGAUCUCCUCUAGAGCAGUGAUGUUUUGGGGCUGUCGUUAGGCAACACUGACUUUCAACUCUCUCCACAGAUUUUCUAUGGGGUUGAGAUCUGGAGACUGGCUAGGCCACUCCAGGACCUUGGAAUACUUUUUAUAAAGCCACUCCUUUGUUGCCCUGGCUGUGUGUUUGGGAUCAUUGUCAUGCUGAAAGACCCAGCCACGUCUCAUCUUUAAUGCUCUUGCUAAUGGAAGGAGAUUUUCACUCAUUACCUCUCGAUACAUGGCCCCAUUCAUUCUUUCCUUUACACAGAUCAGUCGUCCUGCCCCUUUGCAGAAAAACAGCCCCAAAGCAUGAUGUUUCCACCCCCAUGCUUCACAGUGGGUAUGGUGUUCUUCGGAUGCAAUUUAGUAUUCUUUCUCCUCCAAACACGAGAACCUGUGUUUCUACCAAAAAAUUCUAUUUUGGGUUCAUCUGACCAUAACACAUUCUCCCAUUCCUCUUCUGGAUCAUCCAAAUGCUCUCUAGCUAACCCCAGAUGGACAUGGACUGGCUUCAGCAAGGGGACACGUCUGGUGGCGCAUUGUGCUACUGAUAGUAACCUUUGUUACUGUGGUUCCAGCUCUCUGUAGGUCAUUCACUAGGUCCCCCUAUUUGGUUUUGAGAUUUUUGCUCACCGUUCUUGUUAUCAUUUUGAUGCCACAGGGUGAGAUCUUGCAUGGAGCCCCAGAUCGAGGGAGAUCAUCAGUGGUCUUGUAUGUCUUCCAUUUUCUAAUAAUACCUCCCACAGUUGAUUUCUUUACACCAAGUGUUUUACCUGUUGCAGAUUCAGUCUUCCCAGCCUGGUGCAGGUCUAAAAUUUUGUCUCUGGUGUCCUUCGACAGCUCUUUGGUCUUGGCCAUAGUGGAGUUUGGAGUGUGACUGACUGAGGUUGUGGACAGUUGUCUUUUAUACCGAUAAUGAGUUCAAACAGGUGCCAUUAAUACAGUACUUCUCAAAUAGUGGGGUGCGCCCCCCUGGGGGGGCGCAGAGCGAUGCCAGGGGGGGCGCAUGUGUCCUCGGGGAACAUGCUUUUUUCUUUUUUUUUUUUUUUUUUUUUUUGCCGGACUGGAAUAAAGUGUACUUGCACAUCCACUCAGUGGGUGGCAGUGGCGCUCUCAUUUUCAGAGUGCGUGCAGUAUUUUUGAACUAAGGAAGAGCACUCAGCACACAGAAAACAGAUAUGAAGAGCAGUGCGCCGCCGGCGUUUUCCGACCGGACUCACUCACGCAGCGACCAACUGUCUUGUCCGGUUCUCACGUCGCCACCCGAGAAGUGCCAUUUUCGGCUUGGGAUCGUCACGACGACCGCCCUCACCUACGGUUCUGCCUCGGCCGCCGAGAAUGCGCUUCUUUCGUGCCGUUUGCCUUUUAGCUUUGACUUUUAAUACAGUGGGGUGAUGAAGAAAGACUACUGUUUACUGUGUCUGAAAAUAAUUACAGCGGACUGCCAGAAGCCAAAUCAA